UUUGCCCCAUGCUUUCAACAAGAUCGAGGACAUCCGCUUUGUGCUGUUUCCAGUAAGCCUUUUGUACUUUGAGAGGAGAGAAGAGAGAGAGGGAGAGCUUAUCCAUUACACCAAUAUUAUAAAUUGCCGGGCAAUGAAUUAAGGGAGCAGUAGCAGCUUGCGCAGAAUAGAAACAAAAAGCAAGGGCAAAAGCCAUAACAUUUAGCCAGCAGGUUUCAAAUUGUUGUUUCCAUGAUCUAUGGCAUCAAGGAAAAUCUACCAUGCAAAACCCAAUUACAUCUAUCCAACCUCGGAGAUCAUAACCAGUGACAACCCAACCAUAUUAUUGGCUUCUGAUGUCGAGUUUGAAGAAACUGAUAUCGGGAAUAAUUCCAAUCAUGUUAAUACAGUACCAUUAAUGGAAACCAAAAGAGCAAUGCCAAUCUCUCGGCAGCCAAAGAAAACGAUCAGGAAGAACGACAACAUGGGAGACAAGAUCACUCCAGCAGCAUCGACAUCAUUGCCGGUAAGCAUACCAGACUGGUCGAAGAUUCUUAAAGGUGACUUUAAAGAGCAUCGAAAGAAAGACAGUGAUGAAGAUCAUGUUGAUGUUGAAGAUGAACAUCAUGAAGCUGGUAACAUGAUUCCUCCUCACGAAUAUUUAGCGAGGACUCGAGGCGCUUCUUUCUCUGUUCAUGAAGGGAUAGGGAGGACCUUGAAAGGGAGUGACUUGCGGAGGGUGAGGAAUGCAAUCUUGAAGAAGGUUGGUUUUGAGGAUUAGUUAGUUCAGAGCUGGCAACGGAAGAAGAACUUCUUCUUCGUUAUUAGAUCAGUAAGCAGCUUGAUCGGCCAAUAGGUCUCUGAUCACUAUAAAUAUAAUAAAUAUAUAUGCUGAUCUUUUGCUGGAGGGACUGGUUUAUGAAUCUUGUUAUAUAUGUUUAUUUUCCUCUGACUCUGGAGAUUUUCGAUCUAUCUUUUCUGGGUUUUUCUCUUUCUUUCCUUUUUCCCAGUUCUUAAUUUGAAGUUUUGGCCUUUGGAUGUUUUGGUUUUAUGAGAGGGAGGGUCACAGCUCAUGCAAUAUGUAAUUCUGGGUCCCGGACUUUGAAUGAUCAGUAGCUAAAUCUCGAUGAUCAAGCUUCCUUC